AUGGGAAAGAGUAAAGUCAAGCAGCUAUCCGCUGAGGAGGAAGAAGAAGUCUACAUCGUCGAGGUCAUCGUUGCCGCUAAAGUCGUAGCAGAUACGCCCCCGCCCUCUCCCAAGAAGAAGAAAAAACGUGGUAGAAAGUCGAAGGCAGAGGAAGCUGAGGAACCGGAGUCUCUGAGUUGGCGCUAUGAAGUGAAGUGGGCGGGAUAUCCGGACGAUGAAACGACCUGGGAACCAGAAGACAAUCUUGGACCAGGAUGCAUGAAGCUUCUCGAACGGUUUUGGGCUGCAGUAGGAACCGAUAACCAGGACUAUCCGAAGGGUUACGUUGUGCAGGCACCCCAGGCGUGGAUCAAGAAAGAGAAGGAACGCUUCGCCAAAGACUUGAAGAAGGAGAAGGAAAAAAAGGCCUCCAGUGCUUCAGUGGCUCGGGAAGCUAAAGAGAAAGAAGAACCCUUGGAAGAACCCAAGUCCUUGUCAGCCCCCAAGGUACAAGUCAGCGAGGAAUCGGACGGUGACUCGGACGCCUCAGAGCCACUCGCAAAGAGACGUAAAACGUCUUCGGAGCCUAAAUCCCACAAAAAAUCUCAGAAAGGAUCGAGAAAAGAGACUGCAGUGAGAGCCAAAGUUGAAGAGACAACGCCCCCUUUACCGAGUGUGCCGAAAUCCAACAAAAAACGCGUUGAAUCUACUCCCGUUGAACCGACCUCACCUAAUCUCGUUCCUUCUCUUUUCUCCGAUGACGAUGUCAGGUCGCCAGAUGCCUCCCCACAAGCCACUCCGGUACCUGUUGAAGUUCCGCCUCUUCCAACCCGCCCUGCUGCUCCUCCUGUUCCCGUUCCUGCUCCUAACCCCGCCCCCCCGCCUCUACCUUCCCGAAUGCCUUUCCAGAGCCAAGUAGCACCGAAGCCCCAGACUUUAAAUCAGCCAGUCGACGGACCAUCUACGGGUAUAUCUGCGAAGCAACGCAUAGCGAAGCAUGCGUUGGACCCACUUCCACCUAAGACGCUGGCAGCCGCUCCCCAUUCAAGACCAACUCAUCUUCCUCCCACUACGAUGGGAUCGACGUCCAUCAUGACAACUGGAUUCCGGAAGAGUAUCCCGACGCCUGCCAUCGCCCAGCGCCAUUUUGAACCGACGCUUGCUUCUAUCAAUGCGCGACCUGCGUCACCACCUCCAACGGAACCUCCCAAUAAUGAACCUCCUUCACGGACGGCAUUCGAACCUUCUAAUGAUAUACAAGACCUUUUCCCCCGUGACGAUACUGAAUUUGGGAGUUCCGUGGAAGUAGACCAAUUCCUCCAGUCAGCCAUGCCGAAGGAGCUUGCUGAAGCUUAUCCAACUGUCAAGGAGGCAGAGACAUCCAACAAUAGUGAGCCCGUACCUCCACCGGCAUUACCUGCGUGGAUUGCUGCUCAGACCCGACAGAAGAAGGCUUGUUGGACUGGCUCCCUGUCGGUUCCUUUUGGGGGAAGCGAUAGUAUCCAGUUCAAGGUGGCCAUCGAGGAUGAGGUUGAGAUCAGGAAAACAGGCUUCAGAUUUCCAUUCGCCCUCUCCGGGUCAGGUUCGCAGUUGGCAGUUCAAGGUCUAUAUGAUUUAGUAGACAUUAGGGUGAUAGUGGGAGCAUGCAGGCCUCCUGCAUACCGUGCCCAAGUGUCUCGACAGCCACAGGACGAGAACGAUACAGCCUGGUCAUUACUCAUACAACACAUGAUUCGGAAGCAGCAGGUUGCCCUCGUCCCCCUUACCCUCAGUGGCCAAUGUGUUGCCAUCCUCCUCAUACACCCUGCCAUCACGAAUCCCCUCUCGAUUGCAACAAAAUUCUCUGUGAGACAUGUGAAGAAUGACGGUUUCGUUGCAGAACUUCUACCCUGGAGUCUGACUGCCAAACAAAUCUCGGAGGACGCCAUGAUGGAACGCAACAGGAGAGAUCUACUCUUCGAAAGAUGCUACCAUGCACUUACUUCGGAAUAUGACAAGGUCAAGUCCAAGCGACUAGAACUUGAAAGAAUGGGCCAAGCACCUCGACAAUGGGAAUCGGUUGUGAAGCGCAGACCCCUGUUUCAACUGGCGAUACGCGUUCUCGGGUUCCCCACCGAAAUUUACGAAUACCUCAAAUUGACGACCCGACACUACGCAAUAAUUUCUCCUCUGAGUCCUCAGAGGAACAGAGUAGCGGAAUUGGAAAGCGAAUUGCUGCAUAACAUACUACAAAGGGUCAAACGGGAAACGCCACCGCCCAAGGACUCAGUCAAGGACAAGGACAAAGAAAAGGCAAGAAAACCUGCCAUCAGGAUGACAAGGAGUCCUGAGCGUGCUGGGAUGCUGUUCAUCCACGUCAGUGCUCUUCAAAAUCUAGACAAGCUCCCUUAUUUCCGCGAAAGGAUCCUAUCGAAGGAGUACAUUCGCAUGUACAUGUUCGGGUCGAAUCCCUCAUGCCCUUCCAGUUUCUGGGGCUUGCAUGAGAUCUACCCAUGCGGGGGAGUUGUGACAUUAACACCCGGAGUUAUCCUUCGAAGACCUUUUGAAUUACCCGGAAGAUUGAAGGAGAUCAACGAGCACCCUCUUUGGACAGUUUACGUCUGUCCGGCAGUCAUUGGCAUGAUUGCCACCUUGUGCAACGCCAAAUCACCAAACCAGUUCCUUGUUCCUUACAUCCUGAAUGCCAUCUCCCGGGGAGAAAUGGCGCUGCUGGAGGCGCCUCCUGAACCGAAAACAUGGUCAAGUCCACGCGAUACCCGGACAUCGUGGCUGAGGGAGUAUAUGCACUUCUCGUCUCCCACCCCAGAGGAUGUGCUUCUACGUGGUAUUGAGGCAUUCAAUUCUCGUUACGCGAACUUAAAUUCCGCUUCCCGGGAGGCUAGAUUGGAGGAAGACGUUGUGAAAGAUCUGAAGGCUAUGCAGAGAAAUCCUGCGAUUGCGAAGAAUUAUCGUCGCUAUGUAUUGCUCACUAGUUCGAGUAGUGACGAAGCAACACCUUUAGACUCGAUUGAGCGCACCUCACCCAUGAAAUUCGACUUUAAAGAUGGGUUCUCGUUGAAUUAG